UGUUUGACUUGUUUCUUCCAUUUUUCUUUUCUUUUUUUAAAGGAAUUAUUUAUUUUUAUAUAUUGGUCAGAUAACGUGUUCAUGGUUUAGAAUGAUUCCAAAGAACAUACCACUGUGCAAACAAUCCUCCCCCAUCUAAGAGGAAAGGAAGCAAAGAACCUAUUGGCAUUGGCAACACUACACCAGAAGAACAAAACCUCUUUAUUAAUAAUCGGAAAUACCAUUGAAUGGGAAAUUUCAAGAACCAAGCAAUUCUCCUGCAUUGUUUAUAUUACCUACAAGAAAAGCACCCUUUGGUAGAUUCUCGACAUUAAAUACCAGAUAUGUUUCGUUAAUCAAUUCAAGGCCCUAUAUAUAAACAUACAAAAAAAAAGGCCGAAACCAGAAUAAAACUAAUAGUCUUAGUCUCGUUUCUUUCUGCCAUUUUUUUUAUAACGAAUAGCCCAAGUGAAAGUUCCUCACAAUCAUUUGUCAUUCAAAGAGGGGAAGCUCAAAACAGUGAUCAAUGAGAAAAGGGCAAGUGAAUGUGUUCUUUUUGUUACUGUUUUUGAGUCUCUCUUCAGCUUCUGAUCAGAAAUGGAGGAAAGCAAUGAUGUCAGCUUACAACGGUUCUUCUUCUUCUUCUUCCAUGAUGAUGAAUAGAGUUGGGUCCUCCAUCCUGUUCCCAAUUCAUGGAAAUGUGUAUCCAACAGGGUACUAUAAUGUUACCAUCAAUAUAGGUCACCCUCCCAAGCCUUACUUUCUUGAUCUUGAUACUGGAAGCGACCUCACAUGGCUCCAAUGCAACGCUCCAUGCGUCCAUUGUAUUGAGGCACCUCACCCGCUUUACCAACCCAGCAAUGACCUAGUUGCCUGUAGACAUCCGCUAUGUGCAGCAUUGCAUCCGCCUGACUACAAAUGUGAAAGUCCAGACCAGUGUGACUAUGAGGUUGAGUAUGCAGAUGGUGGUUCAUCCCUUGGAGUCCUUGUGCGAGACGUGUUUUCUUUAAACUAUACAAAUGGAGUUCGACUCAGUCCUCGUUUGGCCCUCGGAUGUGGCUAUGAUCAAAUUCCGGGCACAUCUUACCAUCCCUUGGAUGGAAUACUUGGCCUUGGAAGAGGAAAAUCUAGCAUUGUGUCACAACUUCAGAGCCAGGGUUUGGUGCGGAAUGUCGUAGGCCACUGUUUAAGCGGAAGAGGUGGCGGAUUUCUUUUCUUCGGGGAUGGUCUCUAUGAUUCUUCACAUGUGACUUGGACAUCAAUGUCACAGGAGUUUACAAAAUACUAUUCCCCGGGAAGUGCAGAACUACACUUCGGUGGGAAAGCUACCGGUAUUAAAAAUCUCAUCGUAAUUUUUGACAGUGGGAGCUCUUACACUUACCUUAAUUCUCAGGCUUAUCAAGCAUUAACAUUGUUGUUGAAAAAAGAACUAAGCGGACGGUCGCUAAAGGAAGCCCCGGAGGACCAGACACUCCCACUAUGUUGGAAAGGUCGAAAGCCUUUCAGAAGUGUGCACGAUGCCAAGAAAUACUUCAAGACCUCACUGGCUUUGGCCUUUGCAAAUAGUGGCAGAAGAAAAACCCAGUUUGAAUUACACCCUGAAGCUUACCUUAUAAUAUCAAACAAGGGAAAUGUUUGCUUGGGAAUUCUAAAUGGAACACAAGUGGGGCUGCAAAAUUUGAAUGUCAUUGGAGACAUAUCAAUGCAAGACAGAAUGGUGGUUUAUGACAAUGAGAAACAAGUGAUAGGAUGGAGCCCUGCAAAUUGUGAUCAUCUUCCUAGGUUCAAAUCUGCUUAUUAUAUGUGAACAACAUAUGAUACCUUCAAUCUUAGGUAGUGUUAUGCAGAAGAUUACCCACAAACCAUGAAUGUGUCUACUUUGUAUAUAUAUUUGUAUGGUUAUACGUCUAAUUUAUUUUCUUAAUAUAUAUAAUAACCAAAAGAAAGAAUGUGUAGUAUUCUGAUUUCAAUAAAAAAUGUCUAUUAUUGAGAGCAAAUAAUCAUAAAAAAUAAAAUAAGGCAGUAAUAUGAAGUGUAA